AUGCAAUUCCUGAUUAUGCCACUGCGAGUGCAAUCCAUUUCUGCAUUCGAAUGGACGCCAGUAUCAAAUUCAUCAGGAAUUUUCGAAACAGCGGCAAAAAUAAAAGGAGCAUAUGUAAUCUUUUUUAAUUACUACAUUAACAAAAUGGCUAUUUUUUCAAAAUACAUUGAUCUAGCGAUGCAGAAAUACGACGAAAAUGGUUUAUCGAAAACCACAAUCAGUAGAGUGAUACUCUGCGCGGCAGUCUGUGCCUAUACUUUUAAGACUACAUAUCCUUUAUUUGGAAAGCAGUUUGUGAAUAAGAAUAACGUUGAAGACGCAUACAAAAAUAAUAAUAGAACUUCAUAUAUGGAACUAAAUGAUCAUAUAGUUAAUACUACGGUGAAUGAAGAUUCCAAAUUGGCUGAAGCAGAAAAAUUGAUUAUAGCAAAACAAUUGAAACAGAAAUCUUUACAUAUAGAACCUGGCCUUAACGAAGAAUUCGUUCUGCAACUAAGAAAGCUCAUAAAAAUUAUAGUACCAAAAGUGUUAUGUUACGAAAGCGGCCUAUUAAUAGUUCAUACUUUAUGUUUAAUAUCUAGAACAUUUUUAUCAAUUUAUGUUGCUGCUUUGGAAGGUGCCAUCGUGAAAUUUAUAGUACGGAAGGAUUUGAAGCGGUUUGUCAUAGUACUUUUAAAAUGGUUUGGAAUAGCCAUACCAGCUACAUUCAUAAACUCAAUGAUAAGAUUUCUGGAAAGCAAGCUUUCAUUAGCAUUCAGGACUAGAUUGGUGCGACACUCAUAUCGUUUAUAUUUCAAGAAUCAAAAUUAUUAUCGGGUUUCUAAUUUGGAUGGACGAAUAGAAAACGCUGAUCAUAGAUUAACAGAGGACAUAGCAAUAUUUUCUACCUCAGUAGCACAUCUAUAUAGUAGUGUUACGAAGCCAUGCUUUGACCUGAUGCUUAUUGGGUUCGCUUUAAUGCGAUCCACACAAAAGAUGAAAGCCAACAUUGUUUCAGGCCCAACACUGGCCAUUGUAGUGAUAUCAUUAACGGCGCAUAUAAUCCGAGUUGUUUCGCCGAAAUUUGGCCAACUUGUAGCCGAGGAGGCUAAUCGUUAUGGCUAUUUACGUCAUAUACAUUCUCGUAUUAUAACGAAUUCUGAAGAAAUAGCCUUCUACGGUGGCCAUAAGGUAGAAUUGCAGCAACUUCGUCAAGCAUAUAACCGUUUAGUUAUUCAAAUGAACAACAUUUUUAUACAAAAACUCUGGUUUGUUAUGCUAGAACAGUUUUUCAUGAAGUACGUCUGGUCUGGGACGGGAAUGAUAAUGGUUUCGCUGCCGAUUUUGAUGUCCGGCACAUCAUUACAGAAAAAAGAUGUGAACGAUCCAAUAUCUACAGAAGUAUUGAACUCAAGCGUUAGUGAGCGAACACAAUAUCUAACUACUGCACGAAAUUUACUUAUAUCUGCGGCCGAUGCCAUUGAGCGUCUGAUGUCAUCAUAUAAAGAAAUUGUCGCAUUGGCUGGGUAUACUUAUCGAGUUGCUGGAAUGAUGCAAGUAUUUGAAGAGACCGCUCAAGGUGUUUAUCAUAAAAAUACGGUCGUUGAAAACAAUGAAAUGAAUGGCAUUAUUGAGUUCAAAGAUGGUAAGCCAAUUGCCAAGGGCCGGAUUAUCUACACAGAUACGCCUAAUGAUAUGACCAUCACAUUACGAGCUGUUCCUGUGGUCACACCUAAUUGUGAUAUUGUCGUGUCAAGUCUGACUCUUUGUAUUGAGCAAGGAAUGCAUCUCCUUAUUACUGGGCCCAAUGGCUGUGGUAAGUCCAGUCUAUUCCGUAUAUUAAGUGGUCUGUGGCCCAUUUAUGCUGGUGAACUGCAUAUACCUCGUCCUAUAGAGGAUAAACCAUGUAUGUUUUACAUCCCCCAACGUCCAUAUAUGUCAACGGGAAGUCUUUGUGACCAGAUCAUUUACCCAGACAGUCGAGAAGAUAUGUUACGCAAAGGUUUUACAGAGAAUCAGCUCAGAGGCAUUUUGAAAAUGGUCUGCUUAGAACAUAUUGCACAGCGUGAUGGUUUUAAUGCCGUACGAGAUUGGAAAGAUAUACUCUCUGGGGGAGAAAAACAGCGCAUGGCAAUAGCACGGCUUUUUUAUCACAGGCCGAAAUAUGCUUUGCUUGAUGAAUGUACCAGCGCUGUUUCCAUCGACGUGGAGAGUACAAUAUAUGAAAUUGCAAAGAGCAUGGACAUAACAUUAUUAACAAUAACACACCGUCCCACAUUAUGGAAAUUUCAUACACAUAUUCUGGAAUUCAAUGGUCAAGGUAAUUGGAGUUUUCGCCAAAUGGAACCAAAUGAGCAAUAUCUACCUUAAAUUAGAUUCUUCAGCAGCAAUCUGAGAAAAAGUAAAUAUUCUGAGAAUAUAAAAUAUAUUCGGUUCUAGCUGUUUCCUUUUAUAUAUAUAUACAUAUUUCCUUUAAAUAAAGUCUUGAGCGUGAUGUAAAAUA